GUUUAUCUGUCAACUUCUGUUGUGUCAUUGUGUGGAAGGAAGGCCAGCACGGCUGCAAAUGUUUCUUGAUGAGAUGAAUGCAGCACAUUCACGUCGGUCCACAGCUAGGCGCAUGGAAGCAGACAAGACCGAGAAACUUGUUCCAUCAGCGGCUAGUCACCGGUGCCACGCUUAUAAGCCAGGUCACUCGCAGCCCCUGCAUCCGUCAUCUCGCUCGCCGUGCUAUCGGAAGGCGAGACCGCAGAUGCAGGCCCGAAGCAAACCGGACGAACAAGAAGUGGCAUGCACGGGAUGAAGAGAGAGUAAGUCCACUCACGUACAGACCAUUCCGUGUGGGAGGUGCAUCAGACAGACGUCCCCCUUGCCCCGUUGGUCGACUGUCAGCAGGCCCACGCACUACCUCACCCGCUGGUUUACAGAAGUGAGGAGAGCGUGAGCUGACGGAAACCCAACCACCAAGGCAAGAGUGGAUGCCUUGACGCAAGGCUAGACCAUCAGUAUCAUCGACAAGACGGACAAACAGACAGACAGACAGCCGCAUCACGACCACGCGCCUCUUUCCGCACAGCGACAACUGUACACCCACACCGUUCCACGCCACACACAAACGCAAAAUCCAGGCAUCCCUUAGCAGCUGCCUAUGCAUAGUUAUGAAGACAGGGAGGGACGCCACGUGCACGCAAUAAUGAUCCAGCCAGAGCAAAAUCGAGUUCAAAGACAGACACGGUCGUCACGUGGUUGUGCUUCAGAUGGCGCCCGCGUCCGUCAGCAUCUUCUGCAAAGAGCCGUUCGAAAUCGCCGUCAUCUACACACACACACACACACACAUGCACACACACCGAUGGCAAUGGUGUUCUGCACACAGUCGGUGCUGCUGUUCCAUCGAUAAUGGCCAUACCGUUUCGUCACAUCCGCCGACGAAUUUGCCGCCCACAAACACGCGGGGCACGCUGCGGCCACCGGUGAGGCUACUGAGGUAAUCCUGGAUCUCAUUCAUGUUGGGCUCGUUCUCGAUCUGCUUGACCUCCUGCACACACAGACACACAUCGCACAGCACACACAGACACGUACACGCAGCAGCAGCAGAUCUCUGCAUGUGUGAUGUGUGGUCACCAGUGCUUUGAUGCCCAGGUUCUGGAGGGCACUGAUGGCGCGCUGGCAGAACGGGCAAUAGCUAAGACACACCAGCAAAGCACACCACACCACAUUACACAUGCAGCAGCAGCAAGCCUGUCUCGUCACGCGCACGACGUGUGUGCAUGUGGCAGUGAGCAGCUUACGACUUUGAGAAGACCAUGACUUUGUUGUUGGCGAUGCUGCUGUCGACCAUCUCCUUCACUGACCCCAUGAUCUCUCCUCUGGCUGCAGAGGGCUUGCCGCCCAUAGACGAGGGGAGAGAAAAGUACGACCGAGCGGACGGAAAGAAGCUGCGGUAGAUGCUCACCGAACAACGGCCCAGGAGCAUACAAACUCGAACGAAAUAUAUUCUGG